AUGGAUUCCGAGCCCUCCCCGUCCCACGAGAUGACAUUUACCAUCCUGGGCUCUGUCGCGCCAGUGCUGGCCCCUCGAGUAGGCACAUUGGCCCUCGCUGGACGCCAGGCGAUUGCGACCCCGAAUCUCGUCCCGCUCACAUCGCGGGGCGCCGUGCCGCAUAUCUCGCAUGAUAUGGUGCGCAAGGAGACUUCGAUUAAUAGUCUAUAUGUCGGAUUGGAAGACUUCAUUGAGAGGAAACAUCCUGCCCCGCUAUAUAAUGUCCCCGCCGCCGGACACGAGUCGCCCUUGAGGAAGUUCAUCUGUGCACAGGAUGAUGCGACCCUGCUUCUGGGCCCACGACGAUUCCCUGCAAUCGCAUGCCCGCCCAAUAACACCGAGACGUCCAUCGCAAUCUCGACCUCUGUCGGGUUUCGGCAGCUCGAGGCGCACAGGUAUAUUGAGGCUAUACAGAAACUGAAACCUGAUAUUGCCAUUGGUCUGGCGGAUAUGGUUCUCGGGAGAGCGCCGGGCCUGAAGAGGCGGGGUAAGAUGGUUGACCGGACGCAUGCAUAUACUCGUGAUGCGCUGGAGCAUCUAUAUGGGGGAAAUGUGGCAGACGAAAAGAAGACAAAGACAAAGUACUUUGCUCCAGUCCUGCCGCUAGAUAAUACACAGCAAUCGCUCUAUCUAGAUGAUUUGGAGGACGAGUUCCGGGAUCGCAUCUCGGGAUUGGCGCUGUACGAAUCGGCUUCUUUGGGCUACAUUCCCGAAUCGCUGGGUAAUCUACCUCGUUUAUUGCUGAGCGAGCCAUCGAGCCCUCACGAGGUUCUGCGCGAGAUCUCGCUCGGUGCAGACCUCUUGACCGUGCCUUUCCUGCAGGCAUGCUCAGACGCUGGCAUUGCGCUCGAUUUCGAAUUCCCCGUCUCCGAGGCUGUACUGGCACGCGGAGAACCGCAGCCUCUUGGACUUGACCUCUGGUCCUCAGAACAUUCCAAGGAUGUGUCUCCAUUGGUCGAGGGAUGUGAAUGCUACGCAUGCCGGAACCACCACCGGGCCUACUUUAACCACCUUCUCCGCGCAAAGGAGAUGGCGGCAUGGGCUCUUCUCCAAAUGCACAAUCACCAGAUGAUUGAUCGCCUGCUCGCUGGUGCACGAGAGAGCAUCAAGCGCGGUACUUUUGAGCAGGAUGUUGAUGCAUUCCACCGCGCUUAUGUCCCUAAUUUGCCAGACCGUACCGGCGAAGGCCCUCGCCUACGCGGUUACCAAAUGCCAGCCGCUGGCCCUAACCAGCCUCGGCGUAUGUCCAAGGUAUACGGUCGUCUAGAUGACCUGUCACAGAAAUUUGCCGAGUCUCAGUCAUCGGUUGCUACUCCAGAUACGGAUGCAGAGGGACUUGAGAAGCACGGGUUUGCGGAGAAGAUCUAA